AUGGUCGAGCAGGUCGAAUCUGCCGAAUCGCUCAAAGACGCGGGAAACGAUGCUGUGAAACGGGGAGAAUACGCCGAAGCUAAUGACUAUUACACAGAAGCACUUCAACUUACUAAUGAGGGCGAUAAAGAACUUCGAGCUGCACUUUACAGAAAUCGUUCAUUGUCGAGAUUGAAACAGGAUGAUUUUGAAGGGGCCGAAAGUGAUGCGACAAAAGCUAUUGAGUAUGAUGGCGCUGACGUAAAAGCUCUGUACCGACGAGCUCUCGCUCGUGAACACCUCGACAAUGUAGCUGCAGCAUUCAAAGAUGCCAAGGAGGCUCUGCGAUUGAGUCCCAAAGACAAAUCUAUCUCUGAACUGCUUCAACGGCUCGUCAUUGCAAAUAACGAGAAGGUGAAGAAAGCUACAAGUAUGGAUAACAAAGUAAACGACAUGAGCAGGCUGGCAUUCCAAGGUUCUGCCAAGGACAAAGAACAAAAAGUGCAGGCAUUCAACAAUCUUCUUGUCCUUGCCAGAGAAACUGAAGCUGGUGCUGCAAGGAUUUGGCAAGUGGGAAAGGGCGUGCCAGCUCUGUUAGCGGUUGCUGAAGAUAACAAUGAACCAUUGGAAAUAUCGGUUUGCGCCAUCCGAAUUGUCGACGAACUGAUCAAGAAUCAUGGCAGGGCCUUGUUUUUCCUAUCCAUGCACGAUGAUGACGGUCUACGUUCGGCACGACGUGUUUGUCGUCUGAUGUGUGCUAGGGAUGCGAAGGAAUAUGUGGAUGCAGCUGGAUUAAUUAUUCAAAGGAUAUUCAAUGCUCUUGUGAAAAUGGACCGUACAAAAGACAUAAAACCUGAUCCGGAAGUUGCCGAAGCCAACAAACUGUGGAUUAUUCGUGUCAUUUUGGAGUUACAGAGUAUGUUAAAGGAUAAAACUGUGACAGCAAUCAUGGUCAUUGACUUGUUGCUGAAAAAUUUAAUGCAUAUGGAUGGUGGGAUUCCAAGAGGAUGGUCAUGGAAAUUCGUGGAGGAUCAAGGUCUGUUAUCCCUCUUGGACGUGGCAUCGCAGAUUCCCGAACAAUGCGAUUAUCCGGUAUCCCACGAAACUCGACAACAUGUAGCAAUUUGCCUGCAGCGACUCGAUGAGGAUAUGGUGUUCGAUACAAAAAGGGUUAUGUACAAGGAGAAGGUGGACCUGUUUUUCAAUAACCUAAUGGCACGUGCCAGCGAUGAUCCGGAAGGUCAUAAAUAUCGUAUAAAACUUGCAGCAUUUUUGAUAACGAUGCUACAGGGUCCUGUUGAUAUUGGUGUGAAUCUCAUCACAAAUGACCAAGUAACUGCUGUAAUGCUUCAAAUGGCCGCAUCCAAUAAUCACCUCAUGCAGAGUAUUGCUGCUGAGUUAAUCGUGAUGACCGUGGUCAAGCACGAACGAGCUACUUCUAUUCUCAAGGUUGGCCUUCCGAUUCUGAGAAAGUUGUAUGAUUCAGAAGAUGAGAAUGUUAAAGUUCGAGCCUUAGUGGGUCUUUGCAAAUGUGCUGCCGCUGGUGGUGAUGAUACCUCACGUGCGACCAUGAAAGAAGGAGCAUCCCUGAAACUUGCCCACACAUGCAAGAAAUUCCUGUUGGAUUACGAAAAGUACAGUACAGAUGUUAGGCGAUUUGCCUGUGAGGGUCUUUCCUAUUUGUCUCUUGAUGCUGACGUGAAGGAAUGGAUUGUCGAAGACUCGCUACUGCUUCGAGCUCUGUUUUGCCUAGCUCAAUCCGCUGGUGCUCUUUGUGUAUACACUUUGGCUACCAUUUAUGUGAAUCUCACGAAUUCUUAUGAGAAACCCCAGGUGGAAGAGGAAUUAGUCAAACUAGCCCAGGACACUGAUGAGUAUGUGGAGAAACGAGUGCGUUGCCUUGUUGAAGAAGGAGCCGUAGCAGCCUGUGUUGCGAUCAGCAAAACGGAGUCCCAUAAAGCUUUGGAGCUAAUUGCUCGCGCAAUGCUCGCGUUCUCCGAACAAGAGGAUCUGAGAGGUCGCAUUAUUUGUGAAGGUGGUACAAAACUGUGUUUACGAUUAACUAAAGAAGCAACAGCCGAAGGAAAAAUCAAAGCUGCACACGCAAUUGCAAAACUUGGAGCCAAGACUGAUCCACAAAUUGCUUUCCCUGGACAAAGAGCGUAUGAGGUGGUCAAACCUCUGUGUGAACUUCUGCAUCCAGAUAUUGAAGGAAAACCCAAUUAUGAUGCGUUGCUAACGCUGACAAAUCUGGCAAGUAUGAGCGAUUCAGUCCGUCGUCGUAUUCUCAAAGAAAAGGCAGUCCCAAAGAUUGAAGAAUUCUGGUUCAUGACUGAUCAUGAGCAUCUACGUUGUGCUGCUGCUGAGUUGUUACUGAAUCUGCUAUUCUUGGAUGAGUUCUUCAAAGCCACCGUUAAACCUGGAACAGACAAGCUGAAGUUGUGGGUACUGUACGCGGCGGAAGAAAACGAGCGCUUGGCACGCGCGGCUGGAGCGGCAUUCGCGAUUCUUACGGAGGAUGUGGACGCGAACCGUCGAAUAUUUGAGGAGAUUAAGAGCUGGCCAGAAGUAUUCAAAGAAAUCGCUAUGCAUGAGGAUCCCGAGGCACAACGACGUGGUCUGAUUGGAAUUGCCAACAUUAUGGAGAGCGAUGAGAAGUUGUGCUCAGAAGUUGUCGCGUCCGAGCUAUUCCGAGUACUAGUUGCUAUAGCCAAGCUGGGAGCUGCCAAUGAAAGCAGGAAAGGUGCAGCUGAACAGGCAAAAAGAGCUCUAGCAGCAGCUGAGAAGUUUGGCAUAAUCAGACCAACGGAUAGAGAGCUCUAUGAGCGGACCAAUAAAGUUUCGACGAUACCUGAAGAGUAA